CUGAGAGAGAGGCUUUGGCUCUGAGUGAGGAGGAGAAAGCGCCUCGGAGCUCCACUCCGGUAAGAGACACAUGCGCGUUGGAGCUACAGAGACGAGGCUUUAAACUGCAGCCUGGCUGCGCUGGGUGCGUUUACUUUGGGAAGAAAGUCGCAGUCGUCGAAAGUCAAGGUUGCCUUUUUUUUGUGGGAAAAGUUGCUGCAGUUUGGCCGGGUUAGCUCAGCGCUCCUUCACUGUGCCGCUCCUCUAGAUGUUAAAGCAUCGCGGGGAAGCCUAAGCUCCUGGGACACUGAAGAGGUUAUUAAAUGAGUGGGAAAGCAUCUGAGGAUUUCAGACAGCUUUAUAGACCCAGCACUGGUUAAAGUGGCACAUUCCUGAGACGCACAGCUGAGAUCAAGCAUUUUUCCAGCAUGAGCCGAGCGUUUAACAGGAAAAAAGAUAAAUCAUGGAUGCAUACGCCGGAGGCACUGGCCAAGCAUUUUAUAGCAUACAAUGCCAAGUUUCUGGGGAACACUGAGGUUGACCAGCCCAAAGGAACGGAAGUGGUGAGGGAUGCAGUUCGAAAACUGAAGUUUCAGCGACACAUCAAGAAAUCAGAGGGACAGAAGAUUCCAAAGGUGGAAUUACAAAUUUCUAUCUAUGGAGUGAAGAUAUUAGAUCCUAAGACAAAGGAAGUGCAGCACAAUUGCCAGUUGCACCGGAUAUCCUUCUGUGCAGAUGAUAAAACAGACAAGAGGAUAUUCACGUUCAUCUGCAAAGACUCUGAGUCCAAUAAACAUCUCUGCUACGUGUUCGACAGUGAAAAAUGUGCAGAGGAGAUCACUUUGACCAUUGGCCAGGCGUUUGACCUGGCAUACAAAAAGUUCUUGGAGUCAGGAGGGAAAGACGUAGAGACACGGAAACAAAUAGGAAGCCUUCAGAAAAGAAUUCAAGAGCUCGAGACUGAAAAUUCAGAGUUGAAAAAACAACUGCAAACGCUGGAGGAGCAGCUGCUGAUUGCUCAAGUUCCACCUUUGCUUCACAUUAACUCUACUAACAAGGACUAUAUGCUGCAGAGACCUUCUUCUCUCUUCUGGUGUCACAAUCUGACAUCCUUUUCCUGCCUAGAAAUCUCUUCUGUCACACUAACGCCAAUGAGUUCUCCAGACUCCAACAUGUCAGCUGGAGUUCUGACCCCUCCCCCCACCAAACCCGCUCUACCAAAGCCCCUCACUGAAGCUGGGAUCCCUCGGCCUCACGGGGGUGGCAACUCCAAGGUCCCCACAGAUAUUUUUGACAUGGUCCCAUUCUCUCCGGUGGCUCCUCUGGUGCCUCUUCCAGCCAGUAAUGCUUCACCCCCUCCUCCCCCAGCCAGACCUGCAGAAAUGAGAAAAGACCUGUUCGGCGCAGAGCCCUUCGACCCGUUCAUCUGCGGGGCGGCCGACUUUCCCCCCGACAUCCAGUCCCGGCUGGACGAGAUGCAGGAGGGGUUCAAAAUGGGACUAACAGUAGAGGGCACUGUCUUCUCCCUCGAUCCACUCGAUGGUCGCUGCUGAUGCCAAGAAGACAUUUUUGUUACGUAACUGUUAGCCCAUUUGUAUUAAAGUGCCAAACUUGGGUCUACAGUCAAGAUGUCAAUGUUGAGAUUUCUAUGUCUUUGCAUUUGAAUUUGGUUUACAAAAAAAGAAGUAUAUUCAAAUCAGAAUGCUAGAUCACUAUUUUUGUAAGAACUGUAUUGACGUAGUUUUGAGGCCCCUUGCGUGUGCAGGCACUUGAGGAUGUAGAUAGUCCUACCAAUGGUACACUCUGUGGUGAAGAUUUCACACAAAUCACCAAUAGUUUUCCUGAACUCGCCGUGUCCACAUCUAAUCUCUGUCUCUAUGUCGUCAUCACUCCAGACAAACGUCCAUCGUAUCAUGGCAUGCAGAGGUUACUUAGAUAUUCAUAGUUACUUUUACUUUAGAAACGUCAAACUAAUGCAUUAACACACAUAAUACUGGAAUCUCACCGUUCUUUUACUAAAGUAGAUCACAGGAAAGAUCACGUUUGUUUUCUUGUUUACUGCAAUGGAUCCAUUGUAAUAUUUUCUUAACUGGACAUCAAUAUUUUUGAUGGUUUUAUAACUGCAUAGCUGGAUUAUUUGCAUAAUAAUGUGUACUUGUAUUGCAUUUUAAUUUGGUAUUAUAUAUUUUAGUAUAUUCUUGCACCAGAAAGCACUUUGGGGGGGAAAAAAACUCUGUCCAUAUGUUAUUUACUUGGUCUUUUACUUUGUAUGCAGUAUUUUAGCCUUUGCUGUUGUAGUCAUUAAAGACAGUACUAUGA